AGGCUUUCACUGCAACAGUCCCCCAAACCAUGAAAACAAAAAUUGUCUGUUUACAUGAUUACAUCAAAACAUCGUACACGAGUGCACCCAGUCUUUUGUGUUAAGAUGUUACAUUUAAGUUAAACAUUUUGGCGUUUACAUCAGCAUCAUGUUGUCUUUGUGGUUUGAAUAAUGACCUCAGCGUUAUUUUGCAUGAGAUGCGCUCCAGUAGUCUUCGAUGGACAGAAGUCCACUGAGCUGCAUUGUCGCUGUUACUUCACCAUACCUCGGAGAUCAUCACAUAACUGGCACACCGUGGAACUAUGUGGACGAUAUUACUGCUCAAGUGAUAAAUGUGUAAUAAAGUCACAGGUUUAGUGCUCGCCCCAAGAGCAGCCAUUCAUUCACUGACGAAGAAUCAGUGUGUGUCCUGUGUUGUUCGCACUGAACCUCCUCUGAAGGUCUCUCAGUCUUUCCCUCCAGACAGCGCACCGAGCCUCUCGGAAAGAGAGAGACGUCGCUUAGAUGCUCGUGCAAGACGUUAAAUCGACACGAGUUGCGUUGCAAAAUCGGUCAGAAUUCUGAGGAAAUGACCUGAGCUGUGAACAACCAGAAGAUGAUGGUGAUGAUGGAGAAUAUCGGUGCGAUUCGGCUGUACCUCAUGAAAUGCAUUUGUCUACGCUGGGCUUGGGUUUGUGUGGCUGCCUGUGGUGGUAAAGUGGAGUUACACACCGAGAGGAGAGGAGUGAUCUACAGCCCGUCAUGGCCCCUCAACUAUCCGCCCGGAGUGAACUGCAGCUGGAAUAUACAGGGAAGCCGCGGAGAUGUGAUCACAAUCAGUUUUCACAGCUUUGAUGUGGAGGACACGGGGGACUGCAGGGGCGACUGGCUGCUGCUCGGCCCCACAUGGACAGCUGAGGAUCGGUUCUGUGGAUCUGUUCUUCCUCCUCCCUUCAUCUCCUCCAGAGGACAGGUCUGGGUCUACUUCCACUCUCAGGCUAACAGCUCUGGACAGGCACAAGGCUUCAGACUAUCUUACAUACGAGGUCGACUGGGUCAGAGUAGUUGUGAGAACGAUGAAUAUUUGUGUGGAAAUGGUAAGUGCGUUCCACGUUCCUGGCGCUGUAACGGAUUGGACGAGUGUGGAGACAGUACAGAUGAAAGGAGCUGUGCUGCCCAACCAACACCCGGCCGGGUCAGUCUGUGUCCGCCUGGUACCUUGCAGUGCUCUGAUAUCCAGUCUACCCGCUGUCUGCCGGUGUCUCUGCGCUGUAAUGGAGCCCGGGACUGUCCUGACGGAUCCGACGAGGCCCACUGUCCCGACACAUCUUGUGGAAAACACUUAGUCAACUUCUACGGGACGUUUGCCUCACCUGAUUUUUUCCGUCCAAACAGGAGCGCUGGGACAGAUCUUCACUGCACAUGGUUCCUAGACACACAAGACCCAAAGCCACUGGUGCUGCAGGUGGACCUACAGCUGGGUGUGGGAGACUCUGUCCGUGUUUACGAUGGAUUGGGAGAGCGUGCGGAACAUCUUCUGCAGAGUCUCUCUCACCAUAAUAACCAUAGACGAGCCCUGCUGGAGUCGUCCCAGGGACAGAUGAGCAUCUUCUACCACGCCAAACCACACAGCCCUGGACACGGAUUCAACGCCACCUACCAGGUUAAGGGGUACUGCUUUCCAGGUGAGCAUCCGUGUGGCACAGACGAGGGCUGUUACUCGGAGCUGCAGCGCUGUGAUGGCUACUGGCACUGCCCCGGGGGGCGAGAUGAGGAGGACUGCCCGCUGUGUCAGCCGGGAGAGUAUCCCUGCGAGGGUGGCAGCGGAGCGUGUUACUCAUCUUCUGAGAGGUGUAACAACCAGAAGAAGUGCCCCGAUGGCUCAGAUGAGAAAAACUGCUUUGACUGCCAGCCUGGAAACUUCCACUGUGGAACCAACCUGUGCAUCUUUGAGACGUGGCGCUGCGAUGGGCAGGAGGACUGUCUCGACGGCAGUGAUGAAAGAGACUGUCUUGCAUCCGUGCCCAGGAAGGUGAUCACAGCGGCUCUGAUUGGCAGCUUGGUCUGUGGGUUGCUGCUGGUCAUUGCACUGGGUUGUGCCUUUAAACUCUACUCGCUCAGGACAAGAGAGUACAGAGCUUUUGAAACCCAGAUGACCCGACUAGAGGCGGAGUUUGUUCAGAGGGAGGCUCCACCCUCCUAUGGUCAGCUGAUAGCUCAAGGUCUCAUUCCUCCAGUGGAUGACUUCCCAGUGUACAACCCAACACAGGCUUCUGUUCUGCAGAAUCUCCGUUCAGCUAUGCGGAGGCAGAUUCGUCGUCACUCUUCUCGUCGUUCCUCGUCACGGCGGCGCCUUGGUCGUCUGUGGAAUCGCCUGUUCCAUCUUGGCUCUCGGUUCCGGGGUCAGAUACCUCUCCUCACGCCUCCAGGCCACACGCACACAAACACACACCCCGAUCUGAGCCUCCACAGCUACAACACAACGGAUGAUGGCACUGAGGUGUCACGUGAGAGUGCGGGACAGACUCCGCCAUCCUGUUCGACAGUGGCGCUGGGACUGGCUCUGCAGGCUCACACUGAGGCCCUCUGCCUUCCUGACAGACAGUCUCUGUCCUCUCCGCUCUCUCUGCCCUCCCCUACCUCACCCCGCUCCACCUCUGACACUCUGGAAGACGAAGAUGAUGAAGAUGACAGAGGUUCAGAGUGGAUGAGAAUGAAAUCCAAACAGGGCAUUUCCCCGAAACAUAAAGAUGAUGACAGUCCUCCUGGACCCCCUGAUAGCCCCAAACGCAGCACAAGCCGGUCGAGAUCCUCCAGACGGCUGGUGCAGGAGCUGGCUGCAGAGCUCAGAGGAGUCUCUCUCCUGCGCUACACCUCUGUGGCCAUCUCACCGCUUUCCUCCCCCGAGUCACCGUCGUCCUCCAGCGGUCGGUCUGAGGAACAGAGAAGCUUUCCUACAUUCAGAAAACCACAUAAGGAGGCACACACAAACUCGCUCCCAGAUGCUCACGGACACGGCAGGAAAUCUUCAGAAACAGAAGAGGUUCCUGGUGACUGUGUCAGGCUUUGCAGACUCACAACUAGCGAGGAAGAGGAUGAUGAGAUUCUGUUAGUGCACUGAGAAGCCUUUAUCACCCUCCCUGUUCUGAUUUUGUGCCAACACAGUGAGCCUUACGAGGUUCAACCUACGGCCUUCCAUCCAGAGUCAUGAAGUACAGUAUGUUUACAUGUGCAGUUAUGAUUGAGUUUUUUGCAUUGCCAAGCUACAGUCUUUAUACAUGACACAGUGAAAUAUUUGAAGGAUUAAAUACAUGUUGAGGAACACCUCUGUAACAACGGCAGGGACAGUCGUAGUCUGAUUAACAUGUAUACAUGCUAGAUGAAAUCAAGCUCCGUAUGAGUCUGUCAGUGUGACUUUGCAAGAACGAGACUGGAACUAUUUCCGUCAGACAAAAGGGUUUACAUGACAUUUUAAAGAGAAAAAAUAUUGCUUUAGACUGAAAUUGAUCUUUUAAAGUGUACGUAAAUAUACAUUACCGUUCAAAAGUUUGGGUUUAAAAAUAGUUUUUUUUCUUCUUUUCCAAUUUUUUUUUUUUUUUUCAGCAACGAUGCAUUACAUUGAUGAAAACUGACAGCAAUGAAUUCUAUAUUGUAACAAAACUGUCUAUUUCAAAUAAAUACUUUUUCUGAACUUUAUUUUUAUCAAAUAAUCAAAUGGGGGGAAAAAUGACAUUUUCCAUAAAAAUAUUAAUCAGAACAACUGUUUUCAACCUUGAUAAUAAUAAGAA